AUUACCAGUCACCCGGGGGCGUUCUGCGCAGUUGGCCAAGGCCACCGUUCGUUCUGUCUGAACUCAGUCGGCCUCCGUAGUUGUGGUUCUACAAGCACGUCGGUGUCCAUGUGGUAAAGCAAGCCAACUCGGAGCAGAGCAACUUGACGGAGAGGCGUUAAUGAUCGUGCGCAGUGCUCGGUUUCUUUCUCUCGCCUCAUCUCUCCGGCCACUAACCCGCAUCCGUCCCACUCAUCACAAACGUCUCAGAGCCGUAGGCGCUGAAGCCUACCGUGGACUGAGAACCAUGGAGCCCCUGCGAGCAACUCAGGACCCCCUGGUCACGACCACUCUGGCCGGGGCAGACGCCAAACCCCGGUCCCCUAUCUCAAGUUCCCCAACGGAGAGCACAACUCCAGAAUGUACUGGCACUACAAAUGACACGGAGACAAAGACGGCGGUGCAAACAGGGCUGUUGCCAGGGGAGACGGUCGUCAGGGAGGGCAAGGCUGCCAUCUUGUUUCCCAGUGCCAAUGAAGUGUUCUACAAUCCAGUGCAGGAGUUCAACAGAGAUCUGACAUGUGCCGUGGUCACAGAGUUCUCCAGGGAGCAGCUGCUGAAGAGGAGGGUGAAGGUGGUGGUUCCCGGGGAGAAGGUACGCGUGGUGGUGUGCCUGGAGGAGGAGAGAGGGACGGAGGGAGAGGCGGAGGACAGGAGGACGGAGGAGGAGCCGCUCGAAACGGUCGUACCGGGGAUGAGGUGUGAGGGCGGUCUGCGUGUGCUGGAGGGGCUGGCUGCGUCAGGGCUGCGCUCGGUGCGUUUCGCCCUGGAGGUCCCAGGACUACGCAGCGUCACGGCCAACGACUUCUCAGCCAAGGCUGCCGCCCUCAUCGCCAGGAACGCCCAGCACAACUCUGUCACGCACCUGCUGCAGGCCAGCCAGAGAGACGCCAGUAUACUGAUGUACGAGAUGCGAGGGAGGAAGGAUCGCUACGAUGUCAUCGACCUGGACCCCUACGGUAGCCCCGCCCCCUUCCUGGACGCGGCCGUGCAGGCGGUCAGCGACGGAGGCUUGUUGUGUGUGACCUGCACUGACAUGGCAGUGAUGGCCGGGAACAGCGGAGAAACCUGCUACAGCAAGUACGGCUCGGUGUCCAUCAAGGCCAAGUACUGCCACGAGAUGGCGCUGCGCAUCAUCCUCCACAGCGUGGACCAGAGGGCGGGGGUGUACCAGCGCUACGUCCAGCCGCUGCUCUGCGUCAGCGUGGACUUCUACAUCCGUGUGUUCGUCAGGGUGCACACCGGCCAGGCCAUGGUCAAGAACUCUGUCAGGUAG